AUGGACAGCCGCUCUCUCAUCGAGGCCUCAGGCAAUGUACAGCGUAUACAACAACACGGCAAGGCGCAUCUCGAUCAAUAUCCGCUCCGUCAACAGCAAAAGCUGCCACAAACACAGCGCAGCAGUACGCCCCAGUAUUACGGAUAUGAUCGCUCCUCACUGCAGAGCGAAGCUUUCCAAUUUGAUCUCGACAGGCAUCUCUCUGUCAAUGCAUACGAUAUGCUGAGCACACUAUCAUCAGAUGACGAGCGGGAAGCAGAGUACACUUGGGAACCAAUUCGUGCGCCACCUUCCACUCUACCGCCUGUCCCCGUCCUACCAGACACAUUUCCGCUGCCGAUACAUGAUGCGUAUAUGCAGCGGUCGCCCAUCAUACUGGAAGUCACGACAUCAACAGCGCGCAAAGUGUCACCCAUUUCUCUGGACAAUCCAGCACGCCAGUUCAGUGCAGGUCCCUCGGCGCAUCAGAAGACUGCCUCGCAAAAGUACCUGCUACCCAUGCACACGGUGAAUCCGCACCUGACACUGGACAAGCCAGCAGCGAAGAAGGAUCGUGUGGUUCAAGUCCAUUGGCUACUAUUGGUCUCUGGCUGCUUCUUCCCACCGCUUCUCUUCUGUCUGGCUUUUGGCGUUUUUGACGAGGUGUGCUAUCUAGGUCCCAAGGCUGGGCUUGUAGGCGAUGCGGGCGGGCUCGCAGGUCAGAUUCGCAGGAUCAAGGUAGCAGCGGCGGUGAUUGGCACGACAAUGCUGGUCGCCUGUCUGGCUGGCUUCAUUGUUGGCUUUGCUCUAGCCUGA